AUGGAUAUUGUGCUAAAACUAAUAUUUUUUCUCUAUUUGCAUUUGUUUUUAACCGUCGACGGCCAAAAAAUUCACGGGUCGACAAAAGAAUCUAACCUGGAUGCCGUCAAGGAUCUCGUGACUGGCCUUCCCGGUCAACCCGACGUAAGUUUUCGGCAUUAUGCCGGUCACGUCACGGUAAAUGAGAAAAACGGACGAGCACUCUUUUACUGGUUUUACGAGGCCGUAAAUUUUCCCGGUGAGAAGCCUUUAGUGCUGUGGCUAAAUGGAGGUCCUGGUUGUUCUUCUGUGGGAUAUGGAGCAUCAGAAGAGAUUGGACCGUUUUUAUUAGUGGACAAUAAAAAUGGGGGUGACUUGAAAUUAAAUCCUUUCUCUUGGAAUAAAGAGGCUAAUUUGCUGUUCUUGGAAUCUCCAAUUGGUGUUGGCUUUUCGUACACCAACACCAGCGGCGAUUAUGUUAAUCUGGGUGAUAAUUUUACAGCACAGGAUGCCUAUGCUUUCCUCCAAAAGUGGUUCCUCAAGUUCCCUUCCUAUCGUGCAACACCAUUUUACAUUGCUGGCGAAAGUUAUGCAGGGAAAUAUGUGCCUGAGCUAGCAGAGGUUAUUAUUGACAAGAACACAAAAUCCUCCUUGUUCAUCAACCUAAGAGGCAUUCUGCUGGGAAAUCCUGAAACGCACGAUGCCGAGGACUGGAAAGGCAUGGUGGAUUACGCGUGGAGCCAUGCGGUCGUGUCGGACCAGACCUACAGUAUUAUCGAGCAGUCGUGCGAUUUUUUCAGUAAUCACACGUGGGACAAUCUUGAUUGUUCGGGGGCCGUGGAUGAAAUGUUUAAACAGUAUAACGAGAUUGAUAUGUACAGCCUCUACACACCCACCUGCAUCAGCAACUCGUCUGGUUCGGAUCAAAAGUCGAGUCUAGUCACAAGCAAAGGCUCUUCAAAGAUGAUGCCAAGAGUCAUGGGUGGUUACGACCCGUGCUUGGAUAACUAUGUGACAUCAUAUUACAAUCGCCCGGACGUUCAGAAAGCCCUUCAUGUUAGUGAUGGAGUCCUACUCAGGAAUUGGAGCCUCUGCAACAUGACGUUAUUUCAUGGCUGGUCAGAUUCAAAACCAUCUGUGCUUCCCAUAUAUAAGAAGCUCAUAGAGGCAAAACUCAAAAUAUGGGUUUACAGUGGUGACACAGAUGGUAGGGUACCCGUUUUGUCGACCAGGUAUAGUUUGAGCUUGUUAAAACUUCCAAUCUUUGAGGCAUGGCGACCUUGGUACCAUAAAAAACAGGUUGCUGGAUGGGUUCAAGAGUACCAUGGGCUUACAUUUGUGACAGUUAAAGGAGCUGGACAUGUUGUGCCCCAAUUCAAGCCGAGCGAGUCCCUUGCGUUAUUCGCUUCGUUUCUUGCAGGGGAAACUCUGCCUUAUAAGAGAUGA